AUGGGUGAAGAUAGAUCAUAUAAAAAGCAGAAAGUAGAAGAUUCGAAAGCAGAGGAAGUAGCUGAGGCUGCAGAAGAAUCUUUGAGAUUGCAUCCACAUCCUAGGGAACGUACACCCUUAGUUCACCAUGACGAUGGAGAAUUUUCUAAACUUACGAGACACACUACAACUGCAUCACAAGCGGCCAAGUUGGAGGAUGGACCAAACAAUCCUUUUACUGGAAAGCAGCUUAGCUCCAAAUACUUUGGUAUCUUGAAAGGAAGAAGGGAUUUACCAGUUCAUGCACAAAGAGAUGAAUUUUUGAAAAUGUUUCAAAGUACACAGAUUAUGGUGUUUGUAGGUGAAACCGGUUCUGGUAAAACGACGCAAAUCCCUCAGUUUGUACUCUACGAUGAUAUGCCACACUUGAUGGGCACGCAGGUAGCAUGUACACAACCUAGAAGGGUUGCAGCUAUGUCUGUGGCCAAGAGAGUUGCCGAUGAGAUGGAUGUUGAAUUAGGAGAAGAAGUGGGUUACAGUAUUCGUUUCGAAAAUAAGACAAGCAACAAAACUAUAUUGAAGUAUAUGACUGAUGGUAUGUUGUUAAGAGAAGCAAUGGACGACCAUGAUUUGAACAAGUACUCAUGUAUAAUAUUGGAUGAAGCGCACGAAAGAACAUUGGCCACUGAUAUUUUGAUGGGUUUAUUGAAACAAGUGAGUGUUAGAAGACCAGACUUGAAGAUCAUUAUUAUGUCUGCUACAUUAGAUGCAGAAAAAUUCCAAAACUAUUUUCACAACUCUCCUUUAUUAGCAGUUCCAGGUAGAACCUUCCCUGUUGAGAUCUAUUAUACUCCUGAGUUCCAGAGGGAUUAUAUGGAUGCUGCCAUCAGAACAGUGUUACAAAUCCAUGCUACUGAGGAUGAAGGGGACAUCUUGUUGUUCCUUACUGGUGAAGAAGAAAUUGAAGAUGCCUGUAGAAAAAUCGCAUUAGAGACAGACGAAUUAAUCAGAGACCAAGAUUGCGGUCCUUGCAGUGUUUACCCAUUAUAUGGUUCUUUACCACCUCACCAACAACAAAAGAUUUUCGAUCCAGCUCCAGAACCUUUCAGACCAGGCGGAAGACCAGGUAGAAAGAUCAUUGUUUCUACUAACAUUGCUGAAACUUCCUUGACCAUUGACGGUAUUGUCUAUGUUGUAGACCCUGGGUUCUCCAAGCAAAAAGUAUACAACCCAAGAAUCAGAGUUGAAUCAUUAUUGGUAUCGCCAAUUUCUAAAGCGUCUGCACAACAAAGAGCUGGUAGAGCUGGUAGAACUAGACCGGGAAAAUGCUUCAGAUUAUACACUGAGGAAGCUUUCCAAAAAGAAUUGAUCGAACAAUCGUACCCAGAAAUCUUGAGGAGUAGUUUGGCAUCUACCGUAUUGGAAUUGAAGAAAUUAGGAAUCGAUGAUUUAGUUCAUUUCGAUUUUAUGGACCCUCCUGCACCAGAAACAAUGAUGAGAGCUUUGGAAGAAUUGAACUACUUACAAUGUCUUUCGGAUGAAGGUGAAUUAACCGCAUUAGGAAGAAUGGCAUCACAAUUCCCAUUAGAUCCUAUGCUUGCAGUCAUGUUGAUCGGAUCUCCAGCCUUCAAAUGUUCUAACGAAAUCUUGAGUAUUGUUGCGUUAUUAUCUGUUCCAAAUAUUUUUGUUCGUCCUGCAUCAGCUAGAAAGAGAGCAGAUGAAUGUAAAUUGGCAUUUGCCCAUCCUGAUGGAGAUCAUUUGACUCUUUUGAAUGUCUACGAGGCAUUUAACUCCGACGAAGCUCACAAUUUGGGCUUACACCAAUGGUGUCGUGAUAACUUCUUAUCUUACAGAUCCUUGUUAUCGGCCAGAAGUGUGAGAUCCCAAUUGCAAAGAAUUAUGGAAAGAUACGACUUGGAACUUAUCUCUACUCCUUUUGAAGAUAAGAGCUAUUGGACCAACAUCCGUAAGGCCCUUGCAGCCGGCUUUUUCAUGCAAGUUGCAAAGAAGAAGUCAGGAAAUAAGGGUUAUUUGACUAUUAAAGAUAACCAGGAUGCAUUGAUCCAUCCAACCACUGUUUUGGCUUCUGAAAGUGAAUGGGUCAUCUAUAACGAAUUUGUUUUGACAUCCAAAAACUACAUCAGAACUGUCACUUCCGUUAAACCAGAUUGGCUUGUUGAGUUGGCUCCUAAUUAUUACAAUUUAGACCACUUUUCGAAGGGUGAUGUCAAAUUAUCACUCGAAAGAGUUAUAGACAGAGUAGAGACUAUGAAAAAGUUAGAGAAAAAAAAAUCAAAGAAAUCUAAAAAAUAG